AUGAAGCCCGUCGUAGGAGUAAUGCAAGCUUGGUCUUGCAUCGUCAUCUCAGUAUUUGCCGUCAUCAUUCUCUCUAUCAUCGGCUCUCUCUUCAAGAGCAACAAUCACGCACUCCUGGGCGGAAAGGAGGACCCCGAAGACGGGGCUGCGGUCGCCGCUACGGUCUUUUCUGCUGUUGUUGUCUAUGCGGUUUUCAUCGUCGGUUGCGGUUUCCAAGCUUACCUACAUUUCCGCGACAAUCGAAGAGGUGCUAUUACUCUUUCUUAA